CGCGUGAAGACCAGCGCCACGCUCUCUUCGAGCUCUCCUCGCCCGAGUACUCCUCGCUCGCAUCGAGUCACGCUCUCCCGUGGUCUGCGCAGGCUGUAAGUGUGCGCGCGAAGCGAACGUCCCGCUCGACUGCUGCUGCUGCUACUGCUACUACUGCCUCGCCUGUACUAGAAACAAAAUGGCGUCGGGCGGUAUCGCCUCGGAACUGGCUACGGACUUCGGGCUCGAUCUCCGGUCCAACGUCGACGAGCCAGUACCCGUGGAUGACGGAGCUACGCUCCAACGACCGACCGAGCAACAUUUUGUCCAAGACAACUCAAGUGGUGAACAGAGUAGAUUCACUGAAUCGAGCAGCGAUUCAAAAUCCAGUCCUCCAUCAAGCUCAACAUCUGACUUGACAAAUUCAAUGGAUACUCCAACCGAAGGUGAUUCAACUAAUGAAGAUACCAUCUUUCCAUUAGAUGCCAACAUCGAUAAAGAUGAAGUUUCAUCAACUGUUUCCAACUUAUCGGAUAUUACUGGUAUUUCAAUGUUGUCUCAAGCUGACGAUGAUGCUGAUCUUAGGAAUUGGAGAGAAGCCGCUAUUUGGGUUGAAAAACAGAUAAAAGCAGGUGCUGAUCCACGAGAGCUAUUAAAAUAUUAUUGCUCCGAUGCCGAAAUACUCUCCCAAAAUAUGGAUGACAGUAUUUUAUGGAAGAUGAUUUUUAGUAUGAUAGCGGAACCAGACAUAAGUCGUAAAAAAUUAUCAAAUGUUAAUACAAUCCAAGAUGUUGCUAAUCUCAUCCGUACAAGUAAAAAUAUAAUUGUUUUGACUGGAGCCGGAGUAAGCGUUAGUUGUGGAAUUCCAGAUUUCCGCAGCAGAGAUGGAAUUUACUCAAGAUUAGCUCAGGAUUUUCCGGAUUUACCUGACCCACAGGCUAUGUUUGAUAUAAAUUAUUUUCUUGAAGAUCCUAGACCAUUCUAUAAAUUUGCUAAAGAAAUAUAUCCCGGGCAAUUUAAACCUAGUCCGUGUCAUAAAUUCAUUAAAAUGUUAGAAACACAGAAGAAAUUACUCAGAAAUUAUUCCCAAAAUAUUGAUACUUUGGAAAGAGUAGCUGGAAUAGAAAACUUAAUUGAGUGCCACGGUUCUUUUGCAACUGCUUCAUGUACAAAAUGUAAAUACCAAGUACAGGCAGAUGACAUUAGAGAAGAUAUUUUCGCUCAAAAAAUUCCACUUUGUCCUAAAUGUUUGGAAACAUCAUUACCUGCUUUUAAGGAAACCACAGAUUCAGCAGAUGAGAAUUCCAUUAGUUCAGAGGGGGUCAUGAAGCCUGAUAUUGUCUUUUUCGGUGAAGGUUUACCUGAUGCUUUUCAUGACACACUAGAUAAAGAUCUUAAUGUUUGUGAUCUCUUAAUUGUUAUUGGUUCAUCAUUAAAAGUUAAACCUGUUGCAUUAAUACCUACAAGUAUUCCUGCAUCUGUGCCUCAAAUUUUAAUAAACAGAGAAUCUCUGCAACAUCUGCAAUUUGAUGUGGAACUCCUUGGAGAUGGAGAUGUAAUUGUCAAUGAAUUGUGUCACAUGUUGGGUGAUAAUUUUAAAGAAGUGUGCUACAAUAGUAUUCAAUUGACACAGGCUCAAAAGUUACUACCAGAUACAUCAUCUGAUACAGAUUCUUGGAAUUUGAAUCAAGAUACAUUAGCAAGUCAAGAUUUAUCCCAAGAUAGCUUAGCCAUGGCACCUGGUACCCCAGAAUCUCUUCCUAGAAAUGCAUCCUCCAAAAGAAGUUCUAGUGAAUGUUCUAACGAAGAUGAAGAAUCAAAUAAUCCAUUUGACGAUAGACCAUGGAAGAAAUUAAAAAACAAUGGAAUGAAAGAAUAUCUUCCCAAUGAUGCUAAUGAAUGUUCAAAAAUUUUUAACAAUAUAGCUCACUACUAUGAAAAGAAAUUGGAUUCCUCAGAGAGUGAAAGUGAAAAUACUUAUGACAAUACUCAUGAGCAUCAAAGAAAUGACAAAAGAGGUACAUCUCAAAGUAUAGAAGACAGUAAGGAAGCUUGUGAUAGCAUAGAAGCUAGCAGCAACAUGACAUUUGAUUCAGAAUUCAAUGAAAAUGUAGAAAAAAAUUUCAAUAUUUCUGAAAGCCACGGAGAAAAACCUCUUUUAAACAAUUGUGAUGGUGAUUCAAGCUUGAUGUCAAAAUGUAUGACAACGUGUUGUGGAGAGAGCCCAACAACAUCAUUAGAAUCAUCAAGAAUUGCAGAAGAGCUAUGUAUACCUGAUGAUUGCCACGUGGUUCCUAGAAUGAUUGAAUGUUUAAAAAAUGAAUUGAUAUCAUCAAACCAUGUAGAUCCAUCGAAAUCCACUGAUCAAACAGAUGAAAAAUUUAGGCAUUCUUCAAUAGACUCUGUGUUGGAUUCAGCAUUAGGUGACAGCUGCAAUAGUGCUGACUGCCAAAAACAAAAACUGAAUGAAGAAAGCAUCGACACAGAAAAACAAUCUUACUCAAGUACCAGUAUUAAUCCCCGGAAAACGUUAAGUAGAACAAGUUUAGCGCUGAGGCUUCCAGAAAACUCGUAUUUCCAAAUUAAAAAAGGAGUCUACAUUUUUCCUGGUGCAGAAGUUUAUGCUGGAUCACAAUGGAGCGAUGAUUCUGAAAGCAAUGAAAUAAAUUUGAGUCAAAUGGAUGUUGAUAGUUGAUCUAAAAAUAAUAAAGAAUCAAAAAUUAGUUAAAAUUUUUAACUUGAAGCAAAUAAAAUUUCAAAAAAAUUUGCAUAAAAACUGAGGCCAAAGGGAAAAGCAUACUUUCUAUCAGUAUAUCUAAAACUAUGCCGAAAAACUGUCAUGUAAAAAUUAAGGUUUUUUUUAAGUUACUUUUAAGUCAAAGUAUAGUGCAUUUAUUUAAAUAGUUUUUUACCAAAAUAAUUUUGGUUUGUGUGGCUGCUUUCACUGAUUAGUAAAUCGUCUUAAUUCAGUGAUAUUGGAUCAGAAAAAGAACAAUAUAAGAUUUUUUGUGAUAAAGAUAAUUUUUUUUCGUUGUUGAAAAAAUUUAAUUCAAAUUGAAUCUGGUUUUGUGUACGAAUGUAAACCUAAUCUCUAUAGUCUCGGAUUAGUGUCUAUUGUUAUUUUGUAUUUACGUGUACGUGAUGUAAAUAUUUAGAAAAUAAGCUAUAUUGUUUAUAAAAGAAUAUGAUUCUUAUGCAUAGAUGGAAAAAUUAUAACUUCAAAACAAAUUCUUCGCGUCAUCUUGUAAAUAUACAUGAGUUCAUUCUUCAUUAUAUUAAGAUAAAAUUGAACUUUUAUUGCUCACUUGUGAAAAAAUUACUUUUUGAAAAAAAAGCACUUACUUAUUUCGAAAGUUCUUUUAUGAAGUAUGUAUAAAAUCUUUCGGACAAUGAACGGAGUAAAAAUUUUAUUCUAAAAGUCAUACAUUUGCUCCCAAUUUUUCAGACGCUUUAUGUUUGAGAAUGAUUUAAAACCAUUUUCUAAAAUUACACUUUUUAACAUAUUAUCAUUGUAAUAGCUGUAAACUACUGAUGUAGAAUGUUUACUUAAUUUAAAUAGUGCAACAAAGUUUUAAUUAAUUAAAAAAUUUUAUAUUGUAAAUAAUUCAUAAUUAAAGAUUCAUAGGUCUAGUAUUUAAUUGAAUUUUCAGUUAUUGUUAGAGCACAUGAAUAUGUACAAAGCAAUGUUGAAGUGCUUUGCAUUGCACUUUAAUUUUUUUUACAAGGAAAACAAAUGAAAUAAAAUAGAUGAGUUAAAAAAUGAAAAAAAACUUUGUAGCUCAUAAAUCAUUCAACAGUCUUAUCUUAAUACUUUUGCAAACAUACACAAGCAUAGUACGUGGCGUAAAACCAUAGCUGAGAAUAUUAUGUAAAAUUCGUGAUUUUGUUUAAUUAGUUGUUUUGCAGAUAGUACUUAGCAUUAUAAUUAAGAACAUUUUUAUUACUUAAUAGAAAAGAUUCAAGUAUAUGAACUGAUUAGAAUUUAAAAAAGAAAGAAUUUCUAAAAUUGCAAUGAAUUUAAUGAUAUAUGUGUAAAGUUUCCUAACUUAAAGUUCAAACUUUGACCGAAAAAAUGCUCUCUUCAGCGUUUGAAAUCAUGUAAAAUUUGCAUCACAAGCUGAACAUUUAUGUUAUUCAUGAAAAAAAAAA